AUGCCAUUCGUCUGGUCCAUGUUUGCCGUCACUCUCAUAGCUGUAGCAGCUCGGCUUUUCGCGAAGACUCCUAUUGUGAAUCCGACAUUCACCUUCUCUUGGGACGACUGCUGCAUUCUUGCGUCUCUGGUGCGUUUCAGAACACGUCAAAUGUUCCUCGUUUUAAGUCACUCACUAAACUGGUAUGUAGGCAGCGAUAAUAGCCGUAAAUAUCGGUACCAAUAUAUAUUCUCUUCUUCUGGUACGGGGUUGGCUUACGACAAUUUAGCCAUUGACUUGGGAUUUGGCCAAGACAUCUGGAUGAUUUCUCCUGACCAAAUAACACAAAUUCUUUGCAUUUUCUUCUUCUCGGAGAUUAUGUAUGCCAUUGUGAUAACUAUGACAAAAAUUUCGGUUGUGCUCUUUUACCUCCGUAUUUUUUACGAGCCAAGUUUUAGAAAGGCUUGCUUGGCAAUCUUUACUAUCACUAUCAUUUUUGGAAUUUGGCACAUUCUUCAGAUUGUUUUCGUGUCGUGGCCCGUCAGUUAUAAUUGGACAUUCUGGGACGGAAGACACACCGGAAGGGUAAGGAAACCUCCGGGAUAUGAGGCAUACCUCUCUUUCGUCGAACCCCAUGAGCUAACUCGCGGACAUGUCAAAAUCUUCUCUUUCGUCAACGGGGGAAUCAACAUCGCGCUGGAUUUGUCUCUCUGCGUGCUUCCCGUUACUCAAUUUAUUAAUAUGUCGUGGACAUUAAAGACGAAGAUAAGCACCAGCCUUAUCUUUCUCUUCAGUCUGAUAAGUAGUGUGACAGUAGCAAGCUGUAUUCGUCUGGAGACACUCACAGAAUUUGGAGACUCGAGAAACCCCACUUUUGAACUCAAAGGAGUGGCUAUAUGGUCCUUGAUUGAAAUCCACUUGAGUGUAAUCUGCGCCUGUAUACCGGGGAUAGUAUCCCUGUGGCGCCGGAAAGCAGCUUGCCUUCAGCGUCGGGGCCUCACACAUCACCUUAGAAAUCAGCCUCGGACUGGACGGCCAUCACCACCACACGCGAUGAGUCGCAUUUUGUCGCUAAUAACUUUUACGAAUCGGCGGAAAGGUCAGUCAGUCGGUGAUAACAAGGAGGCGGGACUAGACGACCCUGAAGCAGUGAGGCGAUUCACAAUCGCUUGA